GGGAUGGCUCAUAGACAUAGUCAUAGUAUCACAGAAACUUUCAAGAAAUGGCUGCCAAAGUGACUCUAUCUUCUUCACUUGCCUUCAAAACUUCAUUUCUGCCAAAAUCACCAUCACUUUCUCCAGUUUUACAUAGCCUUACCUCCCCAAAAACAAAUGUUCUUGGUGUCAAAGUUCAUGCUAAAUUGGGUGGUGGAGAUGAAGAAGCCAAGCAAGGAGGGAAGAAGAAAUUCAUAACCAGAGAUGAAGAACCACAACAAUAUUGGCAGACAGCAGGAGAAAGGGAAGGAGAGAACCCCAUGAAGACCCCUAUUCCUUACAUUAUCAUAUUUGGUAUGUCAACUCCUUUUGUAAUCUUGGCCAUUGCUUUUGCAAAUGGUUGGAUUAAGGUACCUGUUCGAUGAGAGCAUGGACAAUACUUCAUUGUCUACUCGUGUUCAGAUGUUCAUUCUCACGAAUUUUAAGCACUUUAGUUCUCAAACUUAAGCAGAGAAUUACCUUACUUUUUCCACAUUUGUAUGGACAUUAUGUAAUGGAUCAUUUUAAUGAAACAAGAGUUGAGUCCUGCCACUGUGAAAGUCGGCAUAUAAGAAAGCUAUUUCAGGGUUGCAGUUUGAUAAU